AUGCAAUCGCCGCUGAUUGCUUUGCCGCUGAAAGAAACCAAGCCUGUCGACCUCGUAAAACCUUUAAAAAAUCUGAUAAUACAGAAUUAUGAGCAGAGUCCUGUAUCAUACAUGGAUGAACUUCAACGCAUAUCUCAGGCUCGUCAGGACGCCACAGGCCAAGCAAGUACGGAAAGCUUAGGUCGCGAUCUGCUCUUUCGAUAUUUUCACAUAAUUGAAAUGCUUGAACUACGCUUCCCAGAGCUGGAGGCGCCGUUCGUAUGGCUUGAUUCGUUCACACAUGCACCAAUUGAGCAAAGGACCACCGCGUACGAAAAGGCUUGCAUCCUCUACAACACUGCAGCACAAAUCACGCGUGUAUCCAUGCAGCUGAACCGCAGUGACAGCAGUACAGAUGCUUUGAAGCGAGCAUAUACAGGUCUUCGACAGGCAGCUGGUCUGCUGCAGUACAUCAAGAACAAUUUUUUGUAUGCGCCUAGUGACGAUAUGAAAGGCCCGGCACUCGAGUCGCUAAGCAAGCUUUUGCUAGCUCAGGCAUCAGAAGUUUUUCUUGAAAAAAGUAUUCAUGAUACAAAAGGUGAAGCGCUCAUUGCCAAGCUUGCAAGCCAUACGGCGCACACGUAUUCGGGCCUGUCUGUUGAGUGGAAUGACACCGACAAUUUACGUGUCCCUGCCAUGUGGUGCCGUAUCGUGGCAUGCAAGGCGGAUCAUUUUAUGUCUGUGGCACAUUUAUAUCGAGCCAAAGCAGAUCGCGCUGCAGGAAAGCAUGGUGAAGCACUCACGCGGUUCCGCUACGCCUUGUGUAAGGCACAGGCUGCAUCGAAUCUCACAUACCUUGAUACAUGGUCUUUUGCCACGUACCUCCGAAGUACUGCACCAUCUGAUGUUUCAGAAUCGCUGCAUCACCUAGUUUCUACCCAGUUAACGAAUGCUUCAGAGGCAUGCCGUGAGGCCGAACGAGACAAUGACUUGGUAUACCAUGAACGGGCCCCUGAGUUGGAUACGCUGCCGCACAUAGAUCAGGUGUCUAUGGCAACAGCAAUCCCCAUACGUGAUGUAUUUUCACAGCCCGAUAUUCAAAAAAUACUGGGUGGUGACGUUUUAACGAGCCUCAUUCCUCUAGAGGUCUUGAAAAACACAUCUGUCUACACCGAAGAGCAGGCCAAGAUGGUUCGGGCCGAGUCGACGCGUAUUUGCGAAGCCAAUGAUCGCAUCGAUGAGGCCAUCUCGGCUCUGUCUCUGCCGCAUGCGCUUGAUCGAUACGCAGCUCUCGAUGGCAAGCCCAUUCCACCAUGCGUCCCGUCUCAGCAGGUGCUCGAUAUAUGCGAAGAGGUCGCGGUCAGUCACAUUAUAAGCCGUGUUGAACGAGUGAUGGAGUCGCUGCCAAAACAAGCACCCUUGAUUGAAGCGACCUUGAGCGAUGCGAUGGCCGAUCUUGAUACGGAUGCACGCGAGUGUGAGCAUGGCCGCGUCAAGCAUGCAGCGUCGUGGUCGCAAGCCCCGACUGCGAGCGUCGCUCGUUCAUUGCGUCGUGACAUCCACGCCGCACGCGACGCAUUAGCAACCGCGCGCGAGAACGAUAAGGGUAUCACACAGCUAUGGAGCGAUAUUCGCGACGAUAUGGCGCUAUUGUGCCAGGGACGCGAGGCGGUGGAACAUGCUUACUCGCAGCACGCUCGCCUUCCUCCGUCCAUGGACUUGUUGGAUCAUGAUUUUUCGGACCCAGAGCCCGCGCGAGCGCUCUUACAUGAGACACAUGCACAGAUCCAUGCACUGCUGAGUAUGCCGCAGGAGCGCGAAGCCAUGUUACAAGAGCUCAAGCGCCAGGUCCAAAACGAUGACAUCUCACGCUCGCUUCUCCUGCAUCGCUGCGUCCAGCACAUGGAAGAAACGAUGUUUGCUCAAGAGUUGAGGAAAUAUGCUCCGAUGCAGCAACGUAUCCGAAAUCAUAUCGCGCUGCAGACCCAGCGGAUUGAGGCUUUGCGCGACUCUGUCGACCGACUUCGUACACACCCCGGUGCGGCAGAUGUUCGUCGUCGUUGGGAUGCGUCGCAAGGCGGGGCUCGUGAAUGGAAUGCGCGACUCGUACAGGCGUACGAUGCUUAUACAGAUGUCCAGCGAGCCAUGAACCAGGCUCAAGUGUUUUAUAAUGACAUGUCGCACACGGCCAACCAGCUGGCCACGCAAGCUGAGCGUCUCUUGGCGGAACGGCGUGCUGAACGCUCGUCCAUACUCAUGUCCUCGGACACUAUACCAGCUGCCACGACGGCACCGAGAGCCACGACUCUUGCUGAGGACCUCGCAGCUCUACGAAUGUCGAAUCCAUCAUCUCGGGGCCCGCCUCCACCGCCACGUCCACCUCGUAUCUAG